UUGAAGUUUUUUCACAUAAAACCUCGAUCUUGCUGCCAAAUCCCUCUGGAAAAAAAGAAGGAACUAUCCAAAGACUUCAACAAUUCAGCUUCCACAGAACCCAAUAACAUAAUUCUCCACAAAAAUUCAAGAUUAGGACUUUUCUUUAACCCCCAUAAAGAAAAUUUGUUAGAAAAAAAUGACCAAUCUCCAUAGAAAGGGGCUUGUGUUAGAAAUCCCCGUCUCACAAAACCCUAAUUCCACUCUCAAUGAAGGGACCUUUGUUGGGUCAAGUGUUUAUGAUUGGCUCUUUGAAUGUCAUGGGUUUUUGCAUAAUGCGAUUUUGAUCUUGGCUUCUCUUGCUUUUGUACUUUAUCUGGCAUUUAAAGCUAAAAAGAGCUUUAGGAAGCUUUCAAAUGGGAGAUCUUCUAUUAUGAUUGCUUAUUAUGGCAGUCUCUGGCUUUGUAGCUUGCUUAACCUUGCUUGGUCCUGCCUUCAGGCAUGGGAGUGCACUCCUGGAAAGGAAUUAGCAUGGAAUAUCUUAUCAUUGUUUACAACAUCAGGAAUGCUGUUUCUGGAAGUAAGCUUGAUUGCUUUCUUAUUGCAAGGAAAUUAUGUGGGUGGAUUGGAAGAUUUGACACGGCCCUUUGGUCUCUCGGCCCUCAUUGUUGGUUUGGAUAUUCUCCUCAAGGCUCUUUACCUUUUUGGAUUUGGGAUUCCUUUGUUCAUUGAUAGCAGUGAGCAUUCCCAUCACAUGAAGUGGAGCUUGUGGGCUAUCCACAGGCUUGUGCUGACUGCUAUUUAUGGGUUGAUACUGUUCAUGUAUCAUUCCAAGUGGAGGGAGAGGUUACCUGCAAGACCUGCAUUCUACAAGUACAUUGUCAUUAUGUUCAUCUUGAAUGCACUGUCACUGUUUGCUUCUGCGCUUACUGGACAUGGGACUGGUUUUGGUUACUGGUUGUACAGCACAACAAUUGUAUGCUACCAUGCUUUUUACCUUCCUCUUCUGUAUGUAACCUUUUUAGCAGACUUUUUCCAGGAGGAAGAUUUGCAUCUGGAGAGCGUAUACUAUUCAGAGAUGAAAGAUGCUGGUUUCUUUGAUGAUGACUGGGAUUGAAAAUUAGCACUGUUUCAUCCGGAAGUAAGUAUGACGGACAAUGUAAAUAGAAGCAUGCUUCUGGAAGGCAUAAAUUCUGAAAUGUAAGAGAUUUGAUCAAUUCUGUACAACUUGAUCAUUCAUGGUAGAUGUGCCACCUUAGUAGAAGGGAUCUUUAGGGUUUGGAUCCUUCAGGAUGCUAAUGGGCACAUGUUAGCAUCUGCCUUUCUGUAUUUGAUGUCAACAGUGUAUAAUGCCUCAAGGAUCUUUGACCUGCUAAUUUCUGUAUAAUAAGAGUCUAUUUGGAAA